AGUCGAAUGAGUUUUUGUUGGGUUGUUAUACAGGAGCAAAAACAUCCUCCAAAUAUUGCCUUUUUCACGUAUUUUUACCCAAAUAGAAGCUACAAGAUGCCCCCAAAGUACAUUGUUGUCCACCCACUGAGCCAUCCACCCAAUUGGCCAUGAGAACUGUCGACUACCUGAGUGAUUAUAUGUGUGUCAAAGUUUUUAUAGUUCAAAAUAGUUGGGCUACUAUUUUGAUGCAAAUGUGCGUUCGCGGAGCUGUCAGAAGGAAAAUUUUGUGAAAUUUAGCGCAAAAAUGUAGAAUUAUCCGGGUUAAAAUGUAUUUUACAGUGGACAUUGUCUAACUGUGUGCAAGUGAAAAAGUUAAAAAGACGAUAAGAAGCAUUAAUUUGGGUGGAUUUUGUGGCAAUAUUGCGGAAAUUUGUGGUUAUAAGCCUCCCCUUUGGGCUUGAACUUGACACAAAUUUUCCAUGGAAAAGAGAUGCUCUUUCCCAUGAAAUUCUCGUGAAAUCACAUGCAGUGCGGUUUACCAAGUGAUUGCCGGAUACCGAAAAACCAAGUGAGAAAUGUCAGUGAAAGUUCUCUUUGAAAUUGGACACGAUUCGUCCCUGAAGCCUAAGCCAACUCCCGAGGGUUUUACCCACGACUGGGAACUCUUUGUUAGGGGAUGCGAUAAUCACGAUAUCAGCCACUUUGUGGACAAGGUGGUCUUCAAUCUGCAUGAGUCAUUUCCAAAGCCAAAAAGAGUUAUUAAGGAGCCACCUUACUCUGUAAAAGAGUCAGGAUAUGCAGGAUUUGUCCUCUCUAUUGACAUAUACGUUAAGAAUCGCGAAGAGCCCAAAAAGAUCACAUUCUCAUACGAUCUCGAUCUCCAGUCGACGGGUCCUAUGAUCCAGCGUAAACAGUCUGAAAAGUAUAUCUUUACAAAUCCCUCUGAAGAAUUCAGGAGGAAAUUGCUGAAAGGUGGUGGUGUAUUGUUGGCAAAUACCACAAGUAAUUUGGAUGAUAAAAGUAGGGAUUUUGAGGAACGUGCCAAGGGUAAAAUGAGUGCAAUUGGGGUGAAUGACACAGUGAAGAAGCACAAAAUGCGUCCAGAAGAUCCCUUUACGAAUCUCUUUGGAACACCCAUUACCAAAUCUUCAACAAAAGUAUCACCGGAUCCAAAGAGCAAAGCCUCACCAAAUCGCAUCAGUAAGCCACCACAGCCACAGAUUGGGGGUAAAUCAGCUGGUGAGAAGGCUCCGGGUGCCAAGGAAAAAGGCGACAAGGAAUCCAAAUCGAAGCACAGCAAACACAGUAGUCCGUAUCGGGAGAAAAGUAGCGAUGCAAAGGAAUCCCGGAAGGGUGAGGAAAAGUAUGAAAAACGGGAGGAGAAGAAGAAAGACAAGAAUCAUUCAAAGGAUCGAGAUAAGAGCAAGGAGAAGUCAGUUAAAAGGCCCACCAGUCCCAAAAGGAGCCCCAAAAGGCCAAGUCCGAGUCGCAGUAGCUCGGCUAGCAAGACAGAGGACAAGAGCCAGGUGCCACCGGUGGUUGCCAAUGAGAAGAGUGGCAGCAGCAAGAAGAUGAAGAAGGAGAAAAAAGAGAAGAGUCAUGAGAAGGAUAGGGAUCGAAAGGAGCACAAGAAAGACACUGUGAGUGCAGAGAAGGUCACAACGACGAAGGCAGUGAGUGAGAAAAGUGAUUUGGGCAAGAGUGUCAAGGAGGUGAGUCAGGGACCAAAGGAACUCAAUGUACGAGAGAAACUCAAAGACAUCAUCAAGACACCGCCAGAGAUCACAGUCACUGCAGAAGUCCCCAAAGCUCAGACACAGCAGGAAAGGCGAGUGGAGAAGCACGAGAAAGAGAGUGAGCGAAAGCACAAACACAAGAAAAAGGACAAAAGUGGGAGUAGCAAGGAGAAGAAGAAAGAUAAAGGUGGCUCAAGUUCAAAGUCGCGAGACGAUGUCAACUCCACACCCACAAAAUCUUCUUCCAAAGCUUCCCAAGAGAGUGCAAAGCCUCAUCCGGCUUUUACUGGCCAGGAUACUGGAAAGAAGACCACAACUCCACUGGACAAAUUGUACAAUGAGUUGGGAGAAGGAGGAACCAGUGAUUCGGACAUGGAUAGUCCAACGUCGGAGAAAACUGAUGUAACGGCAACAGGGAUUCAUGAGAAUUCCAAUAGUAGUGCUCAAGAUGUAACAGCUCCCAAACCUGAAGAGAUAAAGAGCACAAAGAAAAGGGGAGAGAAGAAGUCCAGUGCUGAGAAAAAGAAGAAACGCAAUCGAGAGGAUGGAAGUGAGAAUCCAAACACUACAGGUGGCAAGGAUAGUCCAGCAAUCAGCAAGAUGGACCCUCCAACUAAGAUUCCCAGACGCAGUGGUGAUGAUCUGUACAAAAAUGGCGAUGCAGGCACACCAAACUUCCCAGGUACACCGGCCGAUGAAGGAUCAUCCUAUCGGUCUGGUAGUGCAACUUCCGGAGGCAGCAUAUCCAGCACUGGAGCUAAUCCACCGCUCUCCAUGGACUACAUGUCUGAACUGAAGGAUCUGCAGCACAAGAUUAUGACACUGCAGGACAACAAUGAGCUGCAGCAGGUGGUGGAGAUGAUUGCGGCAACUGGUCAGUAUGAGAUAACCAGUAAGACCUUUGACUUUGACCUGUGUGCCCUUGAUAAGGACACAGUGCAGAGAUUGCAGGAAUUCUUUGCCACGUCGUGACGUACAGAAAUUAAUUCCUUCGGCGGAGACUGAACAUCUCCCAUGAGAAUUCUCCAAAACUCAUUUCAUUUUCUGUUUUUUUUUUGCCCUUAACUCUCGAGACAUAAUGUUUGUAAAACUGAUAUUUUUUGUCUUGUGUGUUUGUGAAUAUUUUAUUUGGCAACUUUUUUUUUAAAUCUUUUUUUUUAAACUUUAGCAUCACCUCUAUUUAUCACCAUUUUCAUGCACCUUAUUUUUUUAUUUUUUUGGUAAGCAAAAAAAGAAAAUUACGAAAGUAAUUUUUAUGGUAGAAAAGUUUAUUCUGAAGACAAAUGUAGCAUUUUGCGGUAGAAAAAAAAUUCAUCUAAUUCAGGGUACAAUUCUGCGUAGAGAAAUUUUUUAUGCCUUUUUGUGAAUUGCAUUUUUUUUGUAUUUGCAGUUAACAUAAUUACAAAAUGAAUAUUGAAAAUAUCGCUGAUGAAUAAAAUGAUUGCAAGAGGCAGGUUAAUUGUAAAAUUGGAAGGACAUAAGGAGGUUUCACGAAACUAAAAUGUUUCAUUAACUUUGUGAAGUAGUUUCGUUUCUUUGAAAUUGAAAUAUUUAAAAUUUACUAAAAAUUGUCACUUCCAUGCUCCUUCAGUGCUUUCAUACAAAUCAAUGAAAUAUUCUAAAUAAAAUAGCAAUAUUUUUCUUGUAUUGCCAAAAAUAUGUAAAUGCUUCAUCUCACAAUUUUUUUUUGAAACAAAAAUUAUAUAUGUGCUUGAAAUUGCUCCCAACCAACAAUUGUAUUGUCAAAAGUUUGAUUUAUGUUUAUAAUUAUUUUUGUGAAAUAAAUUAGAAAAAAAAGAUUACAAAUAGUUGAUAAAAGAUCUUCAAA